GGGACCGGCGGGGUGGAAAGACGAUUCACUAGCAGACUGGCCUGAUCACGUGCGCUCCCUCUUAACGAGGAACGAGUCCGAGACAGCUCCUCCGACCUCCAAGCUUCUACCAACCCAACAACAAAGCGUGGAACACAAACAAAAGAAACACCAGUCACCGUAUAACCGUUCUCUUCGGUGGCAUUGUUCUCCCCCUCAUCCCCGUGGAGUGUCCACCAGAAACCAACCACCACACACACGCCCGCCAUGGACGCCGUCCUACAGUCUCACUUCGCUCGCGUCGAGUCCGCAUUGAGCACCCUCGUCGAAUCCAUAGCCACCUAUAAUCCCUCCACGCAGGCCGCCCUGGACCUCGUCGCCGCCGAUGACGACCUCAGCGAAGGACUAGAUCAACUAUCCCACCACCAAGCCAACCACGCCCGCAUCCUCGCCCUGCGCGCCGAAGCCGAAGCCCUAGAAGCGCAAGUCAAGUCCUCCGUCUCCACGCUCGCCGACCUCCGCCGCGAGCUCUACAAGACCCCGGCGACCGCCUUCCCGGACGACUCGCGGCCCGUCCCCGUCGACGAGCUGCUCGCGUACGCCAGGAAGAUCGCGAGCUACACCGUGCCGCCGACGUACCGCGAAUUGGCGCCCCCGAAGGCGGCGGGCGAGGAGGAGCAGGCUGGCGCGGCCAAUGGCGUCGUGGGGACGCCGGCUGGAGCUGCUGCUGCAGGCACCGUCGCGACGACUUCGGCGGAUCCGAGUAGUAAGGACCCCGCUGAUGGCGACAACGCGGCGUUGAAGGAGGUCACGGAGGAGCAGGCGGAGUGGAUCAAGAAGCUCCAGGAGUCCGGUUCGACGUGGACGCCGUAUCCUCACAACACCAAGAUCUGGGGCGGCAACCUCAUGGCGAUCCAGCGACAUCUGUUGGACUUCAAGAAGGAUCCGUGGAAGGAAUCUGUGGAGAUUGAUGGGGAUGUAGAGGCGGAUGCGAACGCUCGCGACCGGGACGCUGGCGAGGCAUCGAUCAAGGCAGACCAGUCUUCUGGGCCGAAGAGAGAGGAGAGUGCUGAUUCACAUCCCGCGCCGCAGCGGAAGGAGAGCGUCGUCGUGGUUGGGGCGAAGCCUCCGCCGGUGGAAGAGAAGCCGCGGCAGCAGUUCAAUCUCUUCGACGACUUCGAGGACGACGAUUGAGGGACUGCUGGUAUCAUUAUCAGACGAGAGACGUCUUGGAAGAAGCUACAUGCAAGCAGUCGCAGUUUAGAUACCCAUCCCUUUCUGUUCAUCUUUUGCAUAGAUCGAAAUUCACCCCCUCUCUGACCUAGUUGAAUAUC